CGUAUUGCGUCACAUUUACGCGACGGAGUUUGAAUUAGCAGCGCUAGCAACACGGAAAGGCUUUGCAUUGAAAAUUCUCUGAUUUGAUCGGUGUGUUGUCAACUGCGAAAAGAUGGGUCCAGUUGAGCUCCUGCAUAUGUCCGUGUUCUCGCAGAGUUUCUCUCCCUGCGGUCGGUUCCUUGCAGCGGGUAAUAACUAUGGAGAGAUAGCGGUGUUUAGUUUAUCGGCUGCACUGAGUCCAGAUACAUCAGAGAAGAGUCAGAAGCCCAUCCUUAACUUUACUGCCCAUGAUGGUCCAGUGUUUUCUCUUCUUUCCACUGAUACUCAUCUCUUGAGUACUGGGAAUGGAGAAAUAAAGGCCUGGAGUUGGGCGGAGCUCAUUAAAAAGAGUACCAAAGCCACCUGGACAAGGAAACCCAAUUAUGAGACUAGUCUUGAAAUUCCAGAGAUUAAUGCAAUGAUCAUUAAUCCAAAGGACAACAGUUUAAUAGUCGGAGGGGGUGACAACAAUAUUCACAUCAUGGACAUGGAGACUGGCAUCUUUAAGUCAGUACUAAAGGGUCACACUGACUACAUUCACUGCCUAUGCUUUAGAGAGAGGGAAGGGGAGAUACUCUCUGGAGGAGAGGAUGGUGCUGUGAGGAUAUGGGACUGUCGGACAAAUCGGCCAAUUCACUGUAUUGAAAUGUUCAAAUAUGAGGAAUGUGCACGCCCACAGUUUGGGAAGUGGAUUAGCUGUCUUGCCACAGAUUCUGAUUGGAUGCUAUGUGGCGGAGGGCCUUCUCUCUCUUUAUGGCACCUUCGGUCUAUGUCUCCUACCUCAGUCUUCCCAUUGCCUGGCUGUCAAAGGGAAGCUGUGUUUUACCAGGACCUGAUUUUUGCGGUAGGUGAGGGGCCAAAUGUAUCUCACUGUUUACAUGGAGGGACAGUUAAAGCUCAGAUUCCCUGCACUCCUUUAUCACUCAACACACUGGCUCUCAAUCUUAAAAACACUGAACACAGGGUUAUGACAGUAGGGGGCAGCAGUCACCAAAUUGAUGUUUUUACCAACUUCAGUUACAGAGCUUUUUCUCUGUCGUUCUGAACAGUAUUUCUCUCUUUUUUUUACUAUUUGAAUAAAUAGAAUCCUGACUUCUUUGGCAAAUGCCAACCCCAAGUCAUGUUUUUCAACAAUACAAUUGAACAAUGUAUUUUUAUAAUAAACUAUUUGAAUACG